AUGCCUCCGAUUAUGCCCUCCGAAGCACAGUUCGACUCGAACAGGCUCGCCGGCCCGGCAAGCCGAGAAGCAGUGCUCGCAUCGAUCGACAAUGCUCGAGCUUCAAACGGACCAAGCCAGCCUGAGCUGCGACUGCGACUGCGACUGCGAGCGCGCCUGCGUGAGUACUUGUCCGCUUGCCUGCGCACGUGCAUGCAUGCGCCACCUUCAGUUCAUCAAGACGGCCCCUGGAGUGAGAGCGCACGUGUGCGUGCGAUUGCCUGUUGCAUAAGCAGACAGGCCACAAUCGAUACGCACCGGCCUGCCCAAACGCCCGGGCAAGGUGAUAAGAUCGGCGGCGCCAGCUCGCCACGUCUGACGUGGCCGCCUUACGUGGCGGAGCCUCGCCUGCCCCAUUGCCUUCUGGUAUUUGCCCUGGCAACAGCGAUGCAAUCGCGUGAAAGUGGACGCGACGAUUUGGCGCCAAUCACUUCCGGUUCUCGGUCCAGUCACAACAGACAAGCGAGCCUCAUCACUCGAGUCUGUCCAUCUCUGCGUCUGUCUGUGCUGUUUACUCUGGCUGACUUGUCGAGCACCAACUUUCGCGUUUCUCCUCCAAUCAUGCGUGUCUUUGCGCGCGUACGUCUGCCCAGUUGGUAG